AUGGGUUUUUUGCGUGGCGUCAAGCACUCGCCGAAUUUCCCUCCUGACGACGAGGAAAAUGUGUCGCUCAAAACAGGUGACAUCGGAGCCUCCUUUCAUCUCCGUGGGGGAAUUUGGGACAUCACGUGGCAAGGGAUGUGGGCAAGACGACGGCCCCGGGUACACGACCACACAAAGCGUCCACACACACGAAUGAAGAUGAAGAGUUUGCAGUUCCUCCGCAUCGUAGUAAGAGGUCCUCGCGACACGGAGUCUGGACCAACACUGAGUGGCAUUAGAAAAGAACACCAACACGACGUGGAAAUCUCCGUCAAAAUACCGACCAAAGAAACAUUAAAAUUGCAAUACCUGAACACGUAUAUUUCUGGAAAUGGAGUACGGCAAAGAGCAAACAAUGCUGAAUGUGAUGAAGAAGCACCUCAUUACUUUAUCCGACCAUUCAAGGAGGGAGCUGCAUCCCUGUCAUCUCUGCAGAGCUUCAUCCAAGAACUCGUAUGGUUGUUCAAUCAGAGAGAGGCACAGCAAACCUUAGGCCUCGUUGCCGUGAACCUCUUAGCCACCCUCUUGCUCCUUUCGUGGUGCCAUGCGACGCGAAGCAUGGCUCUCAUGGCAUACACAUACCUCUCGUGGUUUAGCUUAUUAAGUUUGGUAACAUGCUUAGUGUGUGUAUGGGCUGAGAGUCAAAAGGCCACACCAACAUUCACCUUCGGAUACCGGAGAUGUGAAGCCCUGGCUGUGUUCGCUUCUGUGACUCUCUCAUUACUUGGUGCCGUCAUUAUAGUCAAGGAAUGCAUUGAGAGACUACUGGAACCAGAAGAAAUACAUAUGGGCAUGUUAUGUAUGGGUGGCAUAGUGGGAUUGCUACUCCAUCUUGGUAUGACAGUCUUGGCACACAAUCCUCCCCUCACUCAAGUUUUACGCGCAUCUCAAUCAUCACUGUUGCAGGAGCAUGUAGCUGAUAUGUGCCAGAGUCUUUGCAACUAUGUGCCAGCCCUGUCACGCGUGCUCCUGCCAAGAGUGAAUCCAGUGGUUCUCAUAUCAAUUGCAGGUUUCCUGGCAAUCAUCGGAGACAAUAUCAUCCUGGAGAUAUAUAACUACCAGGCAGCAGAUAGCAUAGCAGCUCUAAUCAUUGCAAUCCUCACUAUCACCACUAUGUUUCCGCUGUGCGUUUGCUCUGCCAGUAUCUUACUCCAGACAACCCCAGUCAGUGUGUUUGCACAACUAGACAAAUGUCUAAGAGAAGCACUCACCCUUGAUGGAGUGCUUGAGUUUCGUCAUGAGAAUAUUUGGACAUUGGGCUUAAGUGAUCCUUCUCGUGGUUCACUAUCUCCUUUAGGAGAUCACAGUGGAUUUAUUCUAACAGGAAGCCUUCAUGUUCGUAUUAGACGUGAUGCUAAUGAGCAGAUGGUCUUAGCUCAUGUACGUGAAAGACUUGCACCUCUGGUGCCAUUACUGACAGUUCAGGUCUUUAAGGAUGACUGGACUCGUAGCUCCACUACACUGCAGUUGCUGAACGAUUCUUCCAGAGCCCUUGCUAGCUCACCAUCACAUUCACCUCAUUAUGUUAAUGUUACAUAUCCCCAUAUUUAUCCCUCUGCCAAAAGUUCAGGAGGUCGUAGUCCCUUCUUCCCACAUAAUUCACCCAUGGGGCCCCUUUCCACUUAUUCUCCCUCCACAUUAUCUCAAGGAAGCAUAGGAUACUCCCACAGCACACCAACCCUGUCUUCUUCAUCAGGCUCAGAACACUAUGAUCAUGGAGCCCACAGGCAUUUUCCAAAAGAGAGAAUGGGUCUCCAAAAUAAUCCAUCAGAUGACACACACAGACUCAGUUCAGCAAUGCAUAAAGAGGCAACGUAUCUCAGCAGUCCGGGCUUGGACGAAAGCCAGGAAAAGGUUCAAGGAAGUAGAGUGGGAGAGGGAAGCUUUACAGGUAAUCAGCUUAGUCAGAAACCAUCUCCUUAUUAUGUUAAUGUUGACUUUUUAAAUAGAUCAAAUGUUUUACAUGAUAAUACAUGGAAUGCUGCAGGUAGUAGAAACCAAGAGGAAAAUCUUAUGAAUGAUGGUACAAGAUAAUAUUUAUUUAAUAGUGUUAUUCUUUCAUGUACUCAGCAUUUGAUAUUUUAUGUAUAAUCUUCAUAUUUUUUUACAAAAGGAAAAAUAUAUAUAUCGUUAAAAAAUAGAUAGAAUAAAUUGUCUUAGGAUUAAUAAGUAA